AUCAUGUCCAACGUCCUCGGCGACGACCUCCCCCCUCCGUAUACCGAGGCGGGGUCAUCAACAGAAGCACCUCAACCAUCUCAGCAAUCAAUCACAUCCAUCUUUUCUUCGCAUCUCAACAGUCUCCCACUACGUAUCCUCUCAAACCAAGCAGCCCGUACCUCUGCGCGCGACCAGCGAGACAGCGAGAUUCUGACACUUUUGGUCCCCCAUGUCGAAGACCUGCUGUCAUCCAUCGCGGCGAUGGAUCCACCUCCACGAGUCGUGGAGAUGACCAUGGUCCCAGAAGAAGCCGUGAACCACGAAUGGGUGUUUAGCGACGAGGAUCGAUCCCGCACCGUAGUUCGCGUGCAGGAAGACCGCAAACUUCAAGGAGAUGAAAAGAGACCACCCAAACCAGAGCAGAAACCCUUGGGGGAAAGGGCUUUUGAUGAAUGGGGUCGAUGGGAGGAUGAGACAGAAGACACGACUCCCCGCAAUAUCCUCUGGUGGGAUGACCGCGACAUGGCCUCCCGCUUGGCAAAGUACAUAUCACCAGAACGGGUUGAUCGCCAGGUAGUAAAGGCAAAUGUCCAGCAAAUAAAGCAGGACAAAAAGGCAUCAAGAUGGGGCCUGUUCAAAAAGGCCGAACCACCACAACCGCCUCCAGCGCCCGUAAGGCCAGUGGAAGACGAAGAUCCAGUCACAAUGACAGUCAAGGCUGAAGAAGUUACUUUUAGACGAGAGAACGAAAUGGGAAUAUGGGAGGGCAAGACAGGAUGGGGAUUAGUUGUGCAUCUCUGCGGCAGAGGCGUUACUUUAAUCGAUGGUGGUGCCCAUCACUCGGCAGCAAUAACAGCAACAGGCGAAUGUCUAGUAUGGGGCUCAUCCGGCCACCUGGGCACAGCCCUCAUGCUCUCCCUCCCCACGAUGGGCUUCGCACCUCUCGGCAUCGACAUCCUCCCGUCAGAAAACACCAACCACGUCGUCUCCAUCACCGACAGGUCCGCCGUGUCGUCCAUCCUCGCAGAGAAUCCGAUCCGUCAUGUUCUUCAUGCCGCGACGCUGCACAAGCCUCACGUGGAGAGCCACUCCAAGCAGGACUUUGUCGACACAAACAUUACGGGAACCCUGGUGCUCCUUGAGGAGGCCGCCAAGCUUGGUUCUCAGAUUGAGAGUUUCAUCUUCUUCAGCACCACCAGUACGUUCGGGGCAGCUCUGAGUCCCAAGCCCGGUAUGGCAGCUGCAUGGAUCGAUGAGGCUGUGGUUCCCAUCCCCAAGAAUAUAUACGGCGCUACAAAGGUCGCCGCCGAAGACCUCUGCUUCCUCGUGCAGAAACAAACCGGCAUGCCCGUCCUUGUCUUGCGUACAAGCCGGUUCUUCCCGGAACAGGACGACGACGAAGAUCGCAGAGCAGCACUUGACGACGCCAACCUCAAAGUUCUAGAACUCGCCUACCGCAGAUGCGACAUUGAAGACAUUGUCCGAGCUGCUGUGUGCGGAAUGUCCAAGGCGAGGUCACUGCAAUUCAAAAAGUACAUCAUCAGCGCACCACCACCUUUCACAAACGACCCCUUGACUCUCCAAAAGCUCGACAACAACCCAGAAGAGGUGUUCAAGGCCGUCGCACCCGGCUGCGAGCAAGUCUUCAAGGACAAAGGCUGGGGCUAUCUGAAGCGCAUCGACAGGGUGUACGACUCGAGCAAGGCGGUAGAAGAGCUUGGGUGGGAACCAGAGUACACCUUCAGCAAGGUAAUCGACCUGAUCCGGGAGGGAAAGGAGUGGAAGAGCGAGUUGACGGCCAAGGUUGGAAAGAGGGGAUACCACGCCGAGAGCCACGGAGUGUAUACUAUACGAUGA